GACGUCUAGAGCGAUGAAAACGGACCUGCGGGCAACUUCUACAAUUACACGACUGCAGCACCAACGCCCUAGCACAGCGCACACCCUAGAAAACUGGCGACUACCUAUUUCGUCGCUAAUAAAACGCGCAUCGUCGGGGAUUGGAGAAGCAACAGCACUGCACUUCGCCUCCCUAGGUGCUUGGCUGUCGCUGACGGCGAGAAAUUUGACAGAACUUCAAAGAGUCGCCCAAGAAUACCAUGCCAAAGGAGUGCCAGAAGAAAAAGUUCUGGUGACAACAGGGGACGUGUUGCAUGAAGACGAUGUGGCAGCUGUUGUUCAGAAGACCAUACAGAAGUUCGGCCGAAUCGACAUUCUCGUGAAUAACGCCGGCAUUUACUUGGAAGGAUCGACGGACAGCCCUUCGCUUGACAACUAUGACUAGCUGAUGAACGUCAAUUUGCGAGGCCCCAUACAAGUAUUAAGAUACGCCUUGCCAUACUUACGGCAGGUUAAAGGUAACGUUGUCAACGUGUCCAGCGUAGUGUCGCUGAGGGCGGCACACGGUGGGAUGUUUUACAGCAUCAGCAAGGCUGGCCUGGAUCAGUUAACCAAAUGCGCGGCCCUUGAAAAUGCACCGUAUGGAGUGCGUGUGAAUUCUGUGAACAUGCCGUGGCAACUAGCGACGCCGUCUGGAAGUCCGCGUGAUGUCCCUUGCGUAGGCUUCCCAGAUCUCGUAGCCUCCGACAUUGCACCGGUGGCAGACCG